AUGUCCAUUCAAUCGAAUCCAUAUGGUCCAAAUCCAUCCGACUUCUUAUCGAAUGUUAACAAAUUCGAAGUUAUCGAAUCUACUUUAAGAGAAGGUGAACAAUUUGCCAACGCCUUCUUCAGUACCGAGAAGAAAAUCGAAAUUGCUAAGGCAUUAGAUGACUUCGGUGUUGACUAUAUUGAAUUGACUUCCCCAGUUGCUUCUGAACAAAGUAGAAGUGAUUGUGAAGCCAUUUGUAAAUUAGGUUUAAAAGCCAAGAUUUUAACCCAUAUUAGAUGUCAUAUGGACGAUGCUAGAGUUGCCGUUGAAACUGGUGUUGACGGUGUUGAUGUUGUUAUUGGUACUUCCCAAUUCUUAAGACAAUACUCUCAUGGUAAAGAUAUGAACUACAUUGCUCAAUCUGCCAUUGAGGUGAUUGAGUUCGUCAAAUCUAAAGGUAUUGAAAUUAGAUUUUCAUCCGAAGAUUCCUUCAGAUCUGAUAUUGUUGAUUUGUUAAACAUCUAUAGAACUGUUGAUAAAAUCGGUGUUAAUAGAGUCGGUAUUGCUGAUACCGUUGGUUGUGCCAACCCAAGACAAGUUUACGAAUUAGUUAAGACCUUGAAAUCCGUUGUUUCAUGUGAUAUUGAAUGUCAUUUCCACAACGAUACUGGUUGUGCUAUUGCUAACGCUUACACCGCUUUAGAAGCUGGUGCUAAGUUGAUUGAUGUUUCCGUCUUAGGUAUUGGUGAAAGAAAUGGUAUUACUCCAUUAGGUGCUUUAAUGGCAAGAAUGAUCACUGCCGACAGAGACUACGUUUUAUCCAAAUAUAAGUUACACAAAUUAAGAGACUUAGAAAAUUUGGUUGCCGAUGCCGUUCAAGUCAACGUUCCUUUCAACAACCCAAUCACUGGUUUCUGUGCCUUCACUCACAAGGCCGGUAUCCACGCUAAGGCCAUUUUAGCCAACCCAUCUACAUAUGAAAUUUUAAAUCCUUCAGAUUUCGGUUUGACUAGAUACAUUCAUUUUGCUAACAGAUUAACUGGUUGGAAUGCAAUCAAAUCAAGAGUCGAUCAAUUGAACUUGCACUUAACUGAUGACCAAUGUAAAGAAGUCACCACUAAGAUUAAGAUAAUGGGUGAUGUUAGACAAUUGAACAUUGAUGAUGUUGAUUCUAUCAUCAAAGAUUUCCAUGCUGAUUUGUCUACUCCGUUAUUAAAGCCACAAGAUGAAGGUGACAAAGACGUUACUGAGGAACCAGUUUCAAAGAAGCAAAAGUCAGGUUAA